AUGGGAGACACCGGGAGCUGGUGCCACCCCGCCGUCAUCUCCCCGCAGGACCCCACGCUGCUCAUCGGCUCCUCGCUCACGGCCACGUGCACGGUGAGCGCCGGCUCGCGCUUGCGCGCCCAGGACCUGUACUGGACGCUCAACGGGCGCCGCCUGCCCGCGGCCACCUACGCGGCGCUGGGGGCCACCACGCUCAGCGUGGCCCUCGCCCACCUCAACGGCUCCAAGCAGCAGUCCGGGGACAACCUCGUGUGCCACAGCCGCGACGGCGGCAUCCUGGCCGGCUCCUGCCUCUACGUCGGACUGCCUCCGGAGAAGCCGGUCAACAUCUCCUGCUGGUCCAAGAACAUGAAGGACCUGACGUGCACGUGGGCACCGGGCACCGAGGGGGAGACCUUCCUGCACACCAACUACACCCUCAAGUACAAGCUCAGGUGGUACGGCCGUGACAACACUUGCCAGGAAUACCACACAGCCGGGCCCUAUUCCUGCCACAUCCCCAAGGACCUGGCGCUCUUCACGCCCUACGAGAUCUGGGUGGAGGCCUCCAACCGCCUGGGGGUGGCCGUGUCCGACGUGGUCAUGCUGGACAUCCUUGACGUGGUGACCACGGACCCGCCGCCCGACGUGCACGUGAGCCGCGUGGGCGACCUGGAGGACCAGCUGAGCGUGCGCUGGAGCUCGCCGCCCGCGCUCAAGGACUUCCUCUUCCAAGCCAAGUACCAGAUCCAGUACCGCGUGGAGGACAGCUCCGAGUGGAAGGUCGUGGACGACGUGGGCAACCAGACGUCGUGCCGCCUGGCCGGCCUGCGCCCCGGCACCGUCUACUUCGUGCAGGUGCGCUGCAACCCCUUCGGCAUCUACGGCUCCAAGCGCGCCGGCAUCUGGAGCGACUGGAGCAACCCCACGGCCGCCUCCACGCCGCGCAGCGAGCGCGCGGCGGGCGGCUGCGAGCCCAAGGGCGGCGAGCAGAACAGCACCCUGCGGCGCGAGCUCAAGCAGUUCUUCGGCUGGGUGAAGAAGCACGCGUACGGCUGCUCCAACCUCAGCAUCAAGCUCUACGACCAGUGGCGCGUGUGGCUGCAGAAGUCGCACAAAGCACGGAACCAGGUGCUACCCGGAGAUAAGUUGUAGCCCCUGCAGCGCCCCCA